AUGGAAAUAUCAAAUGUUACCGAGAAGAACAAGGAGGAAGAAAUGGAGAGAGAUGAGAGAGUUGAUGAAACUUUGGCAAAGCUUAAAAAAGUUAAAGAUCCAGUACGUGAUAUUUAUCGCUGUUGUUAUCAAGGAUUUUGGACUCCAACAUCUUCAUUGAAAAGUAUAAUAUCUUUUCAAACUCAAUUUGAGGCACGAGAUGAUGAUAUUUUAUUAGCUUCUUGUCCAAAAUCAGGAUUUUGGAAAGAAAGCUUAGAGAGUCCUCACAAAAUAUUGUUUUUGAAAUAUGAAGACCUUAAAAGAGACAAUAUAUUUUUCAUCAAAAAGAUUGCAGACUUUUUGGGAUAUCCAUUUUCAAUUGAGGAAGAAAACCAAGGAGUUCCACAACAAAUAGUGCAAUUAUGUAGCUUUGAAAAUUUGAAAAUUUUGGAUGUAAAUAAGACUGGUAGACGUCAAAUUGGGUUAUCCAAUAGUGCAUUAUUUAGGAAGGGUGAAGUGGGAGAUUGGGUGAAUUAUUUAACACUCCAAAUGGCAGAACGCGGAAAGAAGCUCAUCCAAGAAAAGCUUGGACAAUCUAAUUUAAUGUUUGAUUUCUAG